AUGGAGGCAGCUCCGCUUACCCUGGUAAGGCGAUCCCCACGUUCGCGCUGCUCCGUCUCUGACUUGAUCCCCAAGGCCCACACCCACGCGAGAAACGCGGUGCUCGAGACCCGUAAGUCGAAUCCCGUCGCUGCCAGCGAGGAACAUGAUCUGGCAGCCGGUGAAUUCGCUACAGCUGCCCAGAGUAGCUCUGACCAAGAGGCUCUCCGAACCCUGAAGCUACUCGAACACCACCACAAGACGUUGGCCGAGAUCUUGAGGUUCCAGCAUGAACAUCCAGCCAGUAUAACCGCCGAAACGCCGACGAGCUCCCCGAAUCCUGCGAGUCAGCCCUCUGUUACAGACUCCGGGAGCACCAAGGCCACAAGCCAGGAUGCUCAGAACCAUCCUCCGAAACUACCGGGAAAGCCUCGGAUGCCCAGUCGCGAGUCCUCAAAUAUAGCAAGCAAUCUGGCAUCCGCAAGAGGCAUACCUUCCCAUCCUCGUCGUGGGUCGCCGGUGUCACCGACUCUUUCUGCCCAACAAGCCGGGGCGAAAAUGACAGAGGGGCCAUCAAGGGCCAAAUCUGGAGAAUCAAGGCUUCGCGAGGUCCCAAAUAAGAGCCGUCAGAGCCGAGCACCUGCACCCAGACAGCCGUGGUCUCCUCCACUAUCCAUACAUACAGAGAUCACAUCCCAUGAAGUUGUACCCGCAAACGUCGGCGCGAAUUUGCCCUCCAAAUCCAAAUCGUCAGCAAGCGAUGAGCCGUUCCAGCGUUUCUACUCCACAUUUGAAGGCCUGAUCUCGAGGAUUUCGGCCCCGCUAGCCUUUGCAGGCCUUCCUCUAGGGUCAGAGGACCCCGCCAAAGCUGCGCCUGCAAACCGGAAGUCGGCCGCUGAGACCAAACUGGAUCGUCAUCAUGCGACUUCAGAUCGAUCCUCUUUGUCGAUAGAGCCAGAAGUGAGCCGUCUGUUCUCUCGAGCGGCGCUGCGAUCGAUUCAAGAUACACCAGGGAGCAACCCUGGAAAUACUGCCGAGUCCUUCUACGUCGUUCCUACAACGGGUGGAACAAUGUCUUAUGCCGGAAUUCUGACUCGAGCGGAAAAAGAGGCACGCCGAAACAGCUUGGAAGAGGCGGAUGACGAAUUUGUGGAUGCACGGGAAGCCCCAGCAUCACCAGAGAUGCGCCAGAGUAUAGGCAAUUCUCGAACUGGGCGUCAUGGGGCCUCAGACAAACUCAUGAGCCUCCAAAACCCGAAGACUGUAGAGGAGCUACAGAUGGAGAAUCACGCACUGAAACAGCUGUCUGAUACUCUUUCGAAACGGCUACACAUGUGGGAAGUGAAUGCACAGUCGUCAUCCUUGGCACUUCAGCAGUCAUUGAGAUUGAUUCACCAUCACAACACUGGGUCUCCAGAGCAGUUAGCACAAGCAUCAUCAGCCGCAACAUCCCCGGUGGCCCAAAUGUCCUCAGCACCUGCCACCUCCGACAUGGAUCCCAAAAUCAAGGAGUUAGAGGAGCUGGCUCGUCUCAAACAACAAGAGUUGGAUCGCGUUGGACAGGAGAAUGAAAAGCUGAAGAACAUUCUGGGGCGGUACCGCGAUCGUUGGGAGAAAUUGAAAGAGGGUGCCAAAACGCGACGGGCAGAAGGUCGUCCACCCGAUGGCCAAAGCAACCAAAGGCCAGAUGUUUUGGCUUCUCCCCAGCCAGAAACUGAUUCUUCCAACCAGGCGGCUGGCCGAACUGCGUCUGGAUCAGAUGGUGGAGGCAACGCAGAAGGGCCUUGA